UCCUACUCCUAGUCAACAUCUCAGAGGCUGAGAGUAGGCUUAGAUCUAGAGAUGUAGAUGUACACCAACAUUGGUGUUUAACAUUGUAAUGGCAAUAUGCAAUAAUCAUUAUGACCGACAGCCAAAAUAUAAUAUACAGAUCUAGAGAUCUACUCUAGUAACUCUGAUUACUCUGGUACUACUAGGUUACUAGAGACUUUAGUAAUUACUACUAAUUAGUAAGUUAGGACUAGGAGGAAGACUAAGAAAGAGUUGAAAUUGAAGACACUGACAACGACAAGGUCCCAGAAAAGUCAAAUCAUGCCUAUGGAAACUUCACUGCUCUUAAAAUUACGACGUCAGUGGAUUUCAAUCAAAAUGUCAAUAUUAUAUAGAAGAUGGACACCGAAAAGACUUGUGAUGGCAUCAUGUACAGCAUUAUUUGCUGGUUUAGCAUUUUUAUUUCUUUAUCAUCUGAUAUUUACAUUAGAAAUAUUGCCAUGGAAUCCUUCAGUUGUCAAAUGGUGUGACUAUGAAAGUGCUCCAGAUUAUGUCUUUCAACCCGCCCCAGAUGAAAUAACAGUGGUCACCAUGUUCAUUGAUCUGGGAGUGUUCAAGAAAGGUGAACAGCCAUUGGCUUAUCACUCUCCAUACAAGUACAAGAGGUGGAUGCGUAUUUUUGGCAAAAUGACAAAUAGAGUGGUGGCUUACAUAGAAAAAGAUGAAGAUAUAGAAUAUUUCAAGGAAGUUCGCUCCUGCAUGCCUCCUAGUCACACUAAAGUUAUCAAAAUUAACAGACAUGAACUACCAUCUUUUAAACACCUUCCACAAAUUCGAAGCAUUUAUCGCCAGCCAUCUUACCCCAAAUACCACCCAAACACAGUUUACCCAGAGUACUCAUGUGCUAUGCAUGCCAAAUAUGAUGUGCUUGAAAGAUCUUGCAUUAUGGACUAUUUUAACACUCCUUAUUUUGCCUGGGUUGAUGUUGGUCUGUUUCGUAGCUUAGAUGGCACAGACUAUCCAUUGUUUAAACUUGUGCCACCAGACAAAUUUAACCCCGAAAGAGUUGGAUUCUCCCAAGCAUGGCCACAAGAUCCUGUCUUAACACCAGAUUUUAUUAUGAAAAACAAGAUGGUGUGGGUUUCAGGAAGCAUAGUUUUAGCUGCUAAAGAGUAUAUGCUGAAUUUUACCAGAGACUAUAAGCUUGCAGUCAAAGAGCUCCUUGACCAGGGACUAUCCAAUACUGACCAGGAAGUCAUCUAUGCCAUGUACUCAGCAAAGAUGCGUAAGCCACAUUAUGUCAAGGUCAAGCCUUAUCUCUGUCACCAAGGUCAGCUGGGCUUGUAUGGUCCAGCAGCUCGUUAUUUUUGUCUGGGGUAUGUGUGUAAAAAUGCUUGGGAGAAACGAGUUCCUCACAUCAAAGAUAAACAUGUGACAUGAUUUUUUAUAAAUAACUUCAAACAUUUGACAUAUGUUCCCUCCAUCUCUGUUGAAAACAUUCCUAUAAAACUGUGGUUAUCUUUUUGAAUUAUCUUAUGUUUGCCAAGUGUAAUGUUUUUCAAGUUUCUGUAUAUUUGAAAGUGAUUCCUGUAUAUUUGGUGUUAAAAUAGUAAAUUUGUUGAGUUUAACUUAAGCAUGUAUCUAAACAGUAUGUUUAGAUGUUUUAUUACCCAAUAAAUAACACUAUUUUACAUGUAAGACUGAUCAAGUAUUAAAUGGGUAUUACAUUUUAGUAACGUUUGUAUUAGUACUGGUUUUGACUAGUUUAAAAAAUAAAGUAAUUAUAAAUGUGAGAACCUCUACAUUAAUAAGACAAAUUAACAGUUUACCAUUUAGAUCAAACAAAAAAAGACAAGAUGUUUUUUUUUAAGGAGUGAUUAAAUUGUCAGGUUUUUUAAAAUUCUUUCUUCUUCUUCGUUCUUAAUUAUUAGUGUUGAAGGGGAUCGAGAUUUAUCUGCCAGUGGGUUUCAACUCGAGACUUUGUUCGAAUUUAUCAACCAUGAACUUUUUGCCGACUCGACCACGCCUCCAACACAAUUAAGCGUUACGUGUCAACUGGUUAUGCGCCAUUGAGGCCAUUGACUCCGAUUUCAGCCUGCUUUUCUUUUUUGGAUUUGCUUCCAUAGCCUUUGUCCAACCAAGAACAAACUACAAGGCAGCAGUUAUUUAAUUUUGGAGUAGUCUCUCCUAGAAGAGUGGCUGUUCCCAGCUAACGAGCCUCAUCUGUCCGAGGGUUCGAACUCGAGACUUUUCGGUUUGGCAACCAUGAGCUAUACCGACUCGACCACGCCGACCCCUUUUUAAAAUUAAUUUUAAACUGGUAAAUUUAUGACUAAAUCUAUGUUUGUGGUCAAGAACUUUACAUUCUUGUAUUUGAUUGUAUAUUGAAUUUAAAAAUCCAUAAUUGUUUUUUUACUUAUCUAAUGUAAUUAAAAUUAUCUUAAAUUUGG